AAGCAGAGAAGGUGUGAAGCCGCCACUGAGACACCACAAAAGCUUCAGUCUGACCCUCGCCGUCAAACCGGGAGGACGUCUUGAAAGUGGGGUUCCUAUACGCUAACUCGGCCGCCGUGACUGGAACAUGGUCACCGGCAGAUUGAAGCAAGCGGUGGUGGUGGUGGUGGUGGUGAUGGUGGUGGCGGUGGAGGGCUCGUGGAAGUGGGGGGAGGAACAGGAGCCCCCCCAAGCCCCCGCCUCCGCCUCCUCCGUCGUCACCUCCUCCUCUUCCACCUCCACCUCCUCCUCCACCUCCACCUCCUCGAUAGCGUCUGCCCUCCCUCCCUCAGCAUCAUCGAAGGAGCGGGCGCCGAAGUCACUGGAAGGGCAGGCGGCGGCGGAGGAGACGGAGGGGGAGGAGCUGGUGGCGGAGGAGUCGAUCUUGGCCCCUCGAAGCGUAGGCCACCCGCUCCCCGACGCCCAGCCGAGGUUCAUUGGCAAGCUGAAGAAGAAGAUGUGCUCCGUCGGCCUUGGCAUUAAUUGUGGCGGCAAGGGCAAAGGCCACUACACCCCCGCGGCCCAGCACUACGGCAAGCCCGCUGACCCCCACGAGGUUCAGUACGUGCAGCCUGUUGUCAUACGCCCCGUCGGCAAGCCCAUCCCGGCCAUCCCCUACAACCACGGGGGGUCCUAUGGGGAUUAUCAAGGCCACGGGGGGUCCUAUGGGGAUCAUCAAGGCCACGGGGGGUCCUAUGGGGGGUCUCAUGGCCAUGGGGGGCACUCGCACGGGGGUCCUGAGCCAUCCUACAGCCAACCGAGUUUCUACAGUGGCGGGGGAGGCGAUUCAGGGCCACACUAUGGAGCCCCGAAGCCUUCAAGCAUUAUCCGCAGUGCCCCGGGGCUCUCCUACGGCGCCCCUGACCCUCCAUCCUACUCCUUCACGCCCCCGGGUCCUCCCUCCCUCAGCUACAGUAUCCCCGACCUUCCUGCCAGCUACCUCACCCCUGACCCUCCCGCCACUAGUUACAUCGCUCCUGACACCCCGAUUUACAUUCCCAACGACCCGGACCCGCCCUCCUAUAGCGUUAGUGACCCCGUGCCGAUCUCUUUGACCUCGAGUGACUCCGAUGGCGGCUACGGAGGUUCCAAGCCUGAUGGGUCGACGCAGACGGUGCAGCAUUUCCAUAUCCAUCAGCACUCUUACUCUGGUUUUGGUGCUGGUGAUGGUGGUGGUGGUGGUGGUGGUGGUUAUGGGAGAGAAGUAGGAGGAGGUGGAGGAGGAGCGCAAGGUGGUGGUUAUGGUGGAGUUGGAGGUGGUAGUGGUGGUGGUGGUGGUGGUGGAGGUUAUGGAGCAGGCGGAGGAGGAGGUGGUGGGGGUGGGGGUGAUUAUGGUGGAGUUGGAGGUGGUAGUGGUGGUGGUGGAGUAGGAUAUGGAGGAGGAGGUGGAGGAGGAGGAGGAGGUGGAGCAGGAGGAGGUUAUGGGGGAGUUGUAGGAGUGGGAGGUGCAAGCUAUGUAGUGGAAAGUGAAGGAGGAGGAGGAGGAGGAGGAGGAGGAAUAAGCUAUGGAGGAGGAGGAGGAGGAAGCAGCUUUGGAGGAGGAACAAGCUAUGGAGGAGGGGGAGGAGGUGGGGGAGGAGGAGGGUUUGGGGGUAGCCUCGGAGGUGGGGGCUACAACAACAACAACAUCAUCACCGGCACCCAAAAGCUCUUCACGAGGGAGACUCCGGCGAAGGCGAUCCCGGGGGCGGUGCGGGGCGUGCGGCAGCCUGCGGGAGGGGCGGGGGCGGCGUGCGUGUGCGUCCCCGUCGAAGAAUGCCCCGCCCACUUAAUCGUCUCCUCGUCACCAUUCGCACGGGAGGACUUUGGCAACCUGCAGGACCCUCGCAACCCCCCAACGAGAGUCCUAUCCAACGCCACUAUCCCCGUCAGGACCCGAAGAAACACGGACAUGAAGCCGCCCUUGGACCAGAUAGCGGCGGCGGCUUCAGCGGUGGAGGCGGCAGCGUUGGCCCCAAAGGAGUACCUCGACCAGCUCGCCCUCGCUACCCACACCCACUUCGCCAAACUGCGGAAGACCCAGGAACCAGAAGCCAGUGACGACACCCCCUCUGAGGACCCUAAAGCCAAGGACCAGGACACGGCACCUCAGGAAACGGCCAUACAGGUAACAGAGGCCCCUUUGAUCACCAUUACCGUGCCUUCAGGAUACCCAAACAUCCACAUCGUACGUUCUGGCAUCAAGGUACAGCAGGGAACCGCACCAGCCACUUCCGACCUCGCCUCCGCCAAAACCCAAGGCCCUUUCGCCCCUCUCGCCCCUGUUGCCCCGGUCCCGUUCCCCGUUUCAGCCCCACUCGGCCCCUCCAUCAUCCGGUUGACCCCCGUGGCCCCAUCCCCCGUCCCCCGCCCUAAGCCCCUGGCCACACGAGGGAUUGUGGACGACGUGACGCAGCACCUUCAGCAGGAUCUGUCCACUAAUCGACAGUUCAGCGGAGGCGGAGUCGGGGGCGUAGUGUCUGGGGACCGUGACAGCUGUAGCGUGUACGAGGUCUGCUGCGGGGCUACCAUCGGGGGGCUGCUGGGGUCUGCUUCAACCCCCCAGAGUAGCCUGAGUCACCCCCGAGCCAGCACGUGUGGUCUGAAGGGCAGCGAGGAUGUGCGGUCUCGUAUCAGCAGUCCGCAAAGGGAAGAUGGGGAUGCUGAGUUCGGCGAGUACCCGUGGCAGAGCGCCGUGCUGAAGAAGGAGGGCGUGGACAGCGUGUACGUGUGUGCGGGGACGCUGGUGGACGACCGGCACAUCCUGACGGCGGCUCACUGCGUCACUGGAUACUCGGCCAGUGAGCUCCGUGUCCGUCUCGGGGAGUGGGACGUGAACAGUGACACAGAGUUCUACCCUUACGUGGAGAGCGACGUGGUAGCCGUGUACGUCAACCCCGACUACUUCUCCGGCAACCUCAUGAAUGACCUGGCAGUAGUGAGGAUGGCGGCCCCCGUUGACCUGGCGCGCAACCCCCACAUCGGCCCCAUCUGCCUACCCCACCAAACUGACUUCACAGGGCAUCGGUGUUGGGUGUCGGGCUGGGGCAAGGAUGGCUUCGGGGACGACGGCAGGUACCAAAGUGUUCUAAAGGAGGUGUCGCUGACCGUGGUGCCGCGGGAGGCGUGUCAGGCGGCGCUCCGACACACCCGCCUUGGGCCCCGCUACGUCCUGCACCCCGGGAUGAUCUGUGCGGGCGGCGAGGCGGGCAAGGACGCGUGUAAGGGUGACGGCGGCGGCCCUCUGGCGUGCAAGGGUUCCGACGGUCGCUACCAGUUGGCGGGCGUCGUGUCGUGGGGCAUCGGGUGUGGGGCGCCGGGUGUUCCUGGGGUCUACGUCAACAUCCCCUACUACACGCCGUGGCUCAGGGAUAUCCUCCGCUUCUAAGGGCGCGCCACACCCCACCCCUGGCCAUGCAACCUCACCCCACCGUGCCUUGUUAUAUAUUGAGUGGUGUAAUUGGUUUUCCUUUCCUCCUUGUUCCUGUACGUUUUUAUAAGUCUUUUUCCUUCUUCGUCUUUUCGUGUUAGUUUUUCGUUCGUCAUUUGUCUGCUGGAAAGACUUGGAAAAGGUGACGGAUAAAAAAAAAUAAAGAAAAAGUAAGUUGGACGUUUCCCAGUUAGGCUAUAUGAAUUUUAAACAUUGUUAUUAUCAUUACUAUUAUCAUUUUUAUUAUUAUUAUUUUAUCGUGAGCCUAUAUUGAUGUCAUUGUUAUUAUUUUUUUUUUUUCGUGAGUAGGCUACCUCCUUUUUCUUUUUUUCAUAUGUUCGUGAUUUUAAUUUCAUGACAUUUUCUUAAGACAUUUUCUCUCUUAUCAUCUUGACGGAGCGUGUUUGACCCAAUUUCCUGAAUGAUAUCAAUGGCAGUCUUGGGCGGGGCGGGGCGGGGAAUAGAAUCCAAUCCCAUAUCCGAUCCUUUGUACACCUGCUCAAAAAAAUAUGUUCACCGGAUUACCUUUGUAUAAAACGUCCCUCCAUUUCCCCCUCACUCCUCUUUAUUUAUUAUUAUUAUUCUAUUCCGUUAUUUAUUCGUUGUUCCCAUACUUUCCGCAAAACUACUUUCGCCUCCUCUAUGUUCUUAUCUUUGUUCUAUCAUACUACUGCUUGCUAUAACGCUUCAUACUCUGUUAUUUAUUGAACUUUACCGCACUUUCCACGAACCACGAUUUUUUUUAACAGCUCAAGGGUAACAAAAAAAGGUGUAAAAAAAAAAAAGAAGCCCGCUAAUUGCUGUUCCUAUCUUUAUUAUCUUUAGUCUCGUCUCUUUUAGGUUCUUAUGAAGUCAGAAUAUGUCAACAAUUUGCUAAAGUGUGCCCCCCCCCCCCCCUUGCCCUGCCAUUCUCGUGUUAGUGUGUUAGAGUAUGUACCGAGCGCCGGACUGCUGGUCGGCUGGUCUGUCUGUAAAUAAAGCUUUUUUAAUGUUA